AUGCCAAGAAAGUUUUUAGGGGAAAGAAUUAGUAGUGAAACAGAUGCCCUAAGGCCAGCAUCUUUGACCGUUACUUCAGCAGAUUUGUUAAGGUUGCCUUCAUUGCCAGAUGAUUUAUCCCAUACUGACGAUGGAAAUACUUUUAUUGAACCAAUUAAGGGAAAAAGAAAGUUAUCCUCAAAAUUUGGUGGAACGAUCAAAUUAAAGCAAAGAUUAUCCUCAGUCCCAGAGUUAUUCCUCCGUGAAAGUAAAAGAAAGAGAAAUAUGCAAAGAACUAAGGGUUCUGGAAGAAUUCCAACUUUUAGAAAGCAUAGCAAAAGAGUUAGUAUGAUCGAAGAAGAAACAAAAUCUAUGACAUCUAAAGAUGAUCAUUCUCUACACAACGGCAAACCAAUUCAAGCACAGGAUAAAAAUGAAGAUUCUAAAGUAUAUGACUUAGUAUUUGUAUCAAAACCCUUAGUGAUGCCUGUCCAAUUACCACCAUUGCCUAUGCAAUUGGUUCAACCACCAAACCCAGUAUACAAGAAUAUGGAGGCAGUGGAAUCGCAUAGUGAUGUUAUUUUGGAUGAAAUUAUAGCAGCAUACAUCGAUGGUAACAACAAGGAAAGCGCAGAAGAGUUAAAGAAGGGUAUAGAUUAUGUGUUGAACCAAAUGUCAGAUAAAUCUCAACUAAAGAGAUCCAAAAACGUUAAUGUAAACCAUCCAAAGAUUGUAGGAGAAAUGUUUGGCUCUGCUUUAAUGGAAACACCGUCAUUAGAACCAACUGUCACCAACGACCAUUUGGACAACGUACUAUCAAGUCCUGAAUAUACCGCUACCAGUAGUGGAGAUCAAUGGAGUACAGGUGACGAGUUUUCUGACAUCAAUAGUAUUGGACAAAGUAUCUGUUUUGAAGAGCCAAUGGCAAAAACACCAUGUAGUGAGGACACUGAUUUUUAUUCCGAUUUAGAAGAUGAAGCAAUUACACCAGUGAUUGAACAAAAACACACAUUUAGAAAUAUUUCAAACAAAAGUGGAAUCGAUCUUGAAGUUAUCACUUCAGAUAUGAGAAAUAUCACGCUAAAUGCAGAUGAAAUAUCAGCCAAGAAUACAAUUUCAACAGUUCAAUUAUUUAAAUGCGAAAUACCUCCACCACGUAUACUAUGCAAUGAUGUAUAUGACAGUGAAUGA